AUGAACUUCCAGAUCCUCGCUUUCGCUCUCGUUCACGUUUUGUCUCUCUUUUCUACUGUCUUAGCGGCGCCCGUCGCGAAACCUCGUUCACUCGGUGCCGAUCACGCACUGGAGACAUUGACCAAGAGUCUCGUCGAAGGCAUCAUUGGAGGAAUCCAACAGGAUGACAGGCGCCGCGAGGAAUAUACCCAAGGGCUUGUCAGAGAGAUGAGAGCCCAAUACCCAGAGUUCAACUGGGUGAUCUGCCAUCCCGAGCACGACUACAAGUUUGACGGUGAACGCGGCGUCGACUGGGGCCACAAACACGAAGAAUUCGACCUUGUUAUCGGAGGCACCGUUGGAUAUGAAAUCUACAACUUCAGGUCCGGCGAGUUCACUCGUCACGGAGAUGGAGGAUUCAUCAAUUGGGCGUUCAAUGGCAACGUACUGACCAGGGACCAAGACGGUGCCCAUGUCGUCUUUGGAGCAAACUAA